UCGAUUUCUAGCAGGAAAGAAGUGCCAGCUAAACCCUCGUGACAAUUCUAAGAAAUCGCCGCUGAUGAAGGCAGUAGAGCACCAGCACAAAGACUGUGUGGCUAUUCUGCUGGAACACGGUGCCAACCCUGACCUCAGAGGUGCUGGCGGCAACACUGCCCUUCACCUGGCUGCCGCCAUUCCUAGCAAAUCUCUAGUGGAGCUGUUACUUGAGCACAAUGCCCAUAUUGAUGCUCAGAAUAAGAUGGGAUACACUCCGCUUGCUGUUGCGAUCACCGAGCACUGUGAAGAGAUGGUCGAGUUCCUUCUUCAAAAAGGAGCUGACGUGCAUGCUCGAGAUAGGCAUAAAAGGUGAAGGGUUUCUCAAAAGUGCGCGUGGGACUCCUUA